AUGGUUCUAGGCAAAUUUACUGGAUCUGUUGAAGGUUUAGUCUUCCAGUCGAUGAGCAUAUCUACAAUUUCAGAGCUGUUGAGUAAACAACACUGGUCAGAGCUCAAACCCCUUUUUAGAACAACCAAACCUGCAAUAUUCCUUGACCAAUUGUUCAACGCGGGUGUUGAUUCAGAGCUUGUUUUAAGGUUCUUUCAGUGGUCUCAGAAAGAGUUCAGGAUUUCAUAUGGUCUUGAAACUACUGGCAAAGUCGUACAUCUUCUAGCAAAUUCAAAAAGGUACUCUAAAGUCAGGUCCUUUUUGGAUAAACUUGUGAAGAAUGAGAACCAUACAGAUUCUUCACUUUUUCACUCUCUUUUGUUGGGUGGUGACCGACCUUGUGCAAAUGCUCUAAUAAUUGAUAUGUUGAUCCUAGCAUAUGUGAGAAAUUUAAAAAUCCGCUGUGCUUUUGAAACGUUUAGGCAAUCUCAAUAUUAUGGAUAUAAGUUAUCACUGAAUUCGUGCAAUCCGUUGUUGAGUGGAUUGGUGAAGGAAAACGAAACAGGAGAAAUGGAAUACGUGUACAAGGAAAUGGUAAAGAGGAGAAUUCAGCCUAACUUGACAACAUUUAAUAUUCUCAUCAAUGGUCUCUGUAAAGCUGGUAAACUAGCUAAGGCAGAGGAUGUCAUUGAAGACAUCAAAGCCUGGGGUUUUUUCCCAAAUGUAGUGACUUAUAACACACUGAUUGAUGGGCAUUGCAAGAAGGGCAGUGCUGGAAAAAUGUACAGAGCUGAUGCCAUUUUGAAGGAAAUGCUUGCUAAUAAAAUUUGUCCGAAUGAGAUCACCUUUAAUUCUCUUAUUGAUGGUUUUUGUAAGGAUGAGAAUGUGUUGGCUGCAAAAAAGGCUUUAGAAGAGAUGCAAAGGCUGGGACUACAACCUAAUUUAGUUACAUAUAACUCACUGAUAAAUGGUUUAUGUAAUAAUGGGAAGCUAGAUGAAGCUAUUGCUUUGUGGGAUAAGAUGGUUGGCUUGGGUUUGAAGCCGAAUAUUGUUACCUAUAAUGCUCUAAUUAAUGGGUUUUGCAAGAAGAAGAUGAUGAAGGAAGCAAGAAAACUCUUAGAUGAUAUAGCUAAACAAGGUUUGGUCCCCAAUGCAAUAACAUUCAAUACAUUGAUUGAUACACUCUGCAAAGACGGGAUGAUGGAAGAAGCAUUUGCACUGCAUAAAUCGAUGCUAGAUGAAGGGAUUUGUCCAAAUGUUUCAACCUAUAAUUGUUUAAUUGCAGGCUUAUGCAGGAACCAGAACUCAAGAGCUGCAAAGUAUCUUCUCAAUGAAAUGCAGGCCUAUGGCCUUAAAGCUGAUAUUAUAACAUGUAACAUCUUAAUAGAUAAAUGGUGCAAAGACAGUGAAUCAAGUAAGGCAGAAAAAUUACUUGGCGAAAUGCUCAACGUUGGUGUCAAACCUAAUCAUGUAACAUAUAAUACUUUGAUGGAUGGAUAUUGCAUGGAGGGAAAUCUGAAGGCAGCAUUGAAGGUAAGGAGCCGGAUGGAGAAAGAAGGGAAGCGGGCAAAUGUUGUUACAUAUAAUGUGCUGAUUAAAGGAUUUUGUAGAACAGGCAAGCUAGAGGAUGCAAAUAGGCUUCUUAAUGAGAUGUUGGAAAAGGGUUUGAAUCCGAAUCGAACUACCUACGAUAUAGUAAGACUUGAAAUGUUGGAGAAAGGUUUUGCUCCAGACAUAGAAGGGCACUUCUGCAUGUCAUAG